AUGCCGGACACCAUGUUUGGUUUCCGAAAGCAACUGAGCAUGCAGUACGUGCUCAUACAGAUCAAAGAAGAGGUCAUGAAACAGACCACGAGGCACUCAUCACGCGCCAUAUUGGCGCUUGACCUCAAGGGAGCAUAUGACAACGUCUCCCACGUUAGCAUCCUGACCAACCUUCAGAGCACUGGCUGUGCAGAACGGGCGUAUAACUACGUACGAGGUUUUCUAACAGAUCGGAAAGCAAGAAUCAGAGUGGGGGAGGAAGUAUCCCCGUUUAUCGAGUUGGGCACUAGGGGGACCCCUCAAGGCUCGGUCAUUUCGUCCCUGUUGUUGAACAAGGCACUCCUGAACCUGCCCAAGGAGCUCGAAGCGAUUCAAGGCUUGUGGCACGCGCUCUACGCCGACAACGUCUCGCUCUGGACGACGAAGGCUGGAUCCCACGGAUGGAUGCAAGACGCGCUGCAGACGGCGGCGGAAGUGGUGGACAAAUAUGCCAAGGAAUGCGGCCUAAGAUGCUCGCCGCAAAAGUCGGAACAGGUGGUAGUCAGGGAGCGGGCGCCGAAAAGACUCAAGGAAGACAUUAGAGUGGUGCUAGACGAAGAAAACAUUUUGCCGGGCACCAGUGUGAGGAUCCUGGGACUGGUGAUACAAGCAAACAACAAGGCGGAAGCGUCUCUGCUCAGGCACCUCAUCGACCCGAUGACGAGCAAGAGCGAGACGAACAGGAGUAUGGCUCGGACCUUGAACAAUUACGAUGGGGACAUCGAGAAAUUAUUGGGAGACUUGGAAAACAAAUACACCAAGACGGAGAAUAGCAAGGAUCGGCCGGGACCGUACCGAGGCCUCCCCAACGAGGAAUUGGACAAGCACUUCACGAGCCCGAAACUAAGAAUUGCCAUAGCAGUGAGCAACCAGAAGAGCGCUGGGGGCCGGACGCCAUCGUGUACCGACUACUGA